CGCCAUUUUGAAGCCAGUGGCUGUGGCCGGAGGCGGCGGCUUCUGCUGCUGCUGGGCAGCGGGAGGAGGAACUCACCGAGCGGACAAAGCGGAGCCGGCUGACAGAGCACCGAGUCUUGGUCUGGUUCAAGCGGUUUUAAACUUUGUUCGCGUUCUCUCUGUCCGUCCGGCCGGCCGCCCGCCCGCCGUGCUUUAGUGAUCCCCGCCGGGAUGAGUGACUCGGAGAAUAGGACGGACGGCGUCGAGCUGAAGAAGGAGGGCGGCAGCGUGCUCAACAGGAUGAAGAGCAGGAAAAACCCGGAGCCCGAGGGCCUGACCCCCAUCACCGAAGCCGAGCUGCUGCAGCAAGACUCCAUCAACCCUUUCAAUGUGUUGUGUCUGCAGAGCGCCACCGAGACUUACUUGUGCAAACCUGAAGACAACAUUUACAACAUCGACUUUACACGAUUUAAGAUUCGCGACAUGGAAUCUGGCACGGUUUUGUUUGAGAUUGCCAAACCACCAGCGUCAGAGCAAGAGGAUGAUAUUGAUGAUGAGAAUGGUGAAAUGGAUUCCAGCUCAGGACGUUUUGUUCGUUAUCAGUUUACUCCUGCCUUUUUGAGACUGAGAACAGUUGGUGCAACGGUGGAAUUUACAGUUGGAGACAAGCCCAUAAACAACUUCAGGAUGAUUGAAAGACAUUACUUCAGGGAGCGGUUGCUGAAAAGCUUCGAUUUUGAUUUUGGAUUCUGUAUUCCAAACAGCAGAAAUACAUGCGAGCAUAUAUAUGAAUUCCCACAACUUUCUGAAGACAUCAUUCAAGAGAUGGUGGACAAUCCUUAUGAUACACGGUCUGACAGUUUUUACUUUGUGGACAGCAAGCUGAUUAUGCACAACAAGGCAGAUUACGCAUAUAAUGGAGGACAGUAGUGGAACUGUUUAAAAUGAAUAUAUGUCAGCAAUGAUUCAGCUCAUUCAGUCUAAGCCUGCAUUGAUGAUGAAGAGGGUGGCUUUUGGCUGUGAAUUAUCUUUUAUCAUUUCUAUGCAUUCUGCACUUGAGGAGAAAAAUUCAGUUAUGCUUACUAAUGGCAGAAGUGAUUGAGAUGGGGUUUGAAAUUCCACCCACAUUCCUAUAUGUAAGAUGAAUGCCUAGCUGUGAUGAAAGAUUCCUCAUAAUGAAAGGACCGAUUUAUAUUUAUAGUCAAAUAUUCAUUGUGUGUUCACAUGGCCUUGCACUAUGUUUAGGAAUGGGUGGAAGACACUAGAGGUAAUUUAUUUAGAGGACCAAAUCAUUCCCAUUUAUGCAAAAAUAAUUAUUGCGCCUAGCUAACUUACUUUCUGUUACAAUGCACAUAAAAUAAUCCAUUCACUUGGUGACCAAAGUGCAGGACUUCACAUCUUAAAUGGAGCAAUAUCCAAGACUUGACUUGAAAAUAUACAAAGAAUGUUAGAUAUUUAUCAAGAGCUAUAGCUUAAUAGGUCUCAAAAGAUUUGAUACGAAGAUUCUUCCAAAUAUUUUAAAACGGAAUGGAAGCUGUUCACAAAACAUGGUAGUGCUUGCGUCCGCAUCAUCCAUGGCAUAUCAGACAAAAGUUUUUGGUCACGCGUGUUUUUCUGUCAUAUGAAUUAGUAGUUGUGACUGACAAAAUGAGCUCAUCUUAUGGUGCUUAGUUUGACAACAGUUUAGUUUUCUUUUGGUUUUGAGUACUCUUAUGUAGAAAUUAUUGUAAACCCUCAAAGGUUCCUUAGUUCAUUUAGUUUCUCUGUAUUCUCCAUCUGUUACUAAUCUUUGUCCAGCAAAAUGUGUAGUACUUCCAAAGUUGUACUAUUUAAAAAUCGACCUCUCAAUCCAAAGACCGCCUUCCACGUUCUGUAUCAGAAACUGAAUGGUAAGAUAUUUAUUAAAAGCAUUUAUUCCUUUUUAACUUGCAAAAUUCUCCUGUCUAGUUUUAUGAGAUAAUGCAUCAUUGCUUAUAAACCAGAAGCAUUGAAUAUAAGGGAAAUGGUCUGCCAAAAAAAAGUCAGAAUCUGUCAAAAUUUACAAUGUAUUUUGAGCUAUUGUGUGAAUGUGAGUGAUACCGUACAAUUGCAUUGAUAUGACUUGAAUGUAAGUGAUUACAGAAGAAUAUAAUUGCUGCCUUUAUGUUGCAAGGCACUGUUAGAUGAAAGUGAAAUAUUUCCAGAUUUCUCAGGCUCUGGCUGUUUUCCAUUGUAAGAAAUGUAAAGGUAACCUUAAGCACACCUGGUAGAGCUUUAUUCACUAUUUUUGAUAUUCCCAGUUCUAAAUUUUCUUCAUGUUCUGGUUCUGAUUUCACAACUAUUAAGAAACAUUGUGCUUACAGAUGCUUAAAUCCAAAUAACAACAUUCUGAACUCAGUCUGAAAUCUCCAUUCUAUAAUUGUAGAACUGAAAAAGAUUACUUUGGAGAAAUUUUAAUGCUCAUUAAGUCAAAGAAAUGCCAGCAUUCGCCCUGAUGUUGAGUUAUUUGUAUUUAGCCUGGGCAUGCCUCUUUUGUAAAUUUGGAUAUUAUGGUCGAGGGUUGGCAAUAAAGAAUUUGGUGAACUUUGUAAGGAGGCUAUUUGGCACUUAGCAUACUGUUCUGAAAGAAAAGUCUUUAAGCAUGUUAACAGAAUGACACUGUUCCCAUUGUCUUCAGUCCAUUCAGUCUUUGAAAUAUAUUUUUAUUGUGUGUUGUUUUUAAUCUUGUCAUUGAUUUGUCAAGUUAUAAAUGGAAUGUAACAACGGUAAUCAUUUUCUAGUGUUAAAAGAAAUAGUGAAUACUGAUGAUACCGGGGAUACUGAUUUUAAAACUUCCAUGAAAUUAAAUGUUGGCAUUUAUGGUCAGAAAAAUGUAUUAAUUUAGAGACAUUGUAUGGCAUUUUCAGUUAGUUUAAAACUGUUUGACAUUUCUAGUCACACAGUCAUACCAUCAGUAUAUUGUCUUAAGAGGAAAACAGAUCAGGAGUUAUGAUAGAUAUUGUCUUUUUUAAGAAAAUGUCAGUGAAUCUUGGUUAGGACUUUGCAACUUUACUUUGAUCUAUUAGGAUUGGGACUUCACUGACGUUGACAAAGAAUUAAAUAAAUUUAAAAUCAUAGUAGCGUUUGAAAUUGCUCUUCCCAACAUUCACAUUCUUCUUUUUUCCUUGACCAUCCACUGGGAAAUCGGACAACUGAGCAAAAACUACAGAAAAGGAAAUCAUAAAGCAAAUCCUUGAAUGUGAAUUAUUAAUUGAAUUUUCUAUAGAAAUUAGGGAAAAGGUUUCAGAUGGGUUAGUCAUAGAAUGGCAUUAAAGCUGAAGUUUGCCAUUUGGUAUAAACAAAGAUGCCUAGUAUAAUUUUGUUUUGAUGGAUGGAGGUGGUUAUUGAAUAAAAAUUAUUCUUUUGUUAAAGAGACAAAUUUAACAUCCAUUGUAAUUUUCACCAGACUGGUUUAAUUGGGUUUUAGGUAUUCUUGAAACUCUUUGAUUACAUACAAAAUAUGUUGGUUCAAGUACAGAUUUGCUCAGCUCUGGCCUCUGAGCACUAAGUAACAGUUACAGGAAGAAGCAAGUAUUUUUACAUUUGAUGGUAGAAAGCAGGAGCUAAUUUUGUUCUGACCACACUUUUUCUUUGACUAGACAAGACCGAAAUCACUGAAAAUAUAUCUCAUGUAAAUUAACUACAACUUUGACUGUAAACUGGUAUUGCUUUGCAGUUUGGCACCUUUUUUAUAUUUUAAUUCUUUCUUCUGAUUUCUCUUUCACCUUUGACAAUGAAAUCUAAGGUAUUGAAGCAAUGUUAGAGCCAUUACCUGACAAGUCUAGGAGUCAGAAUGGUGUAUCCAAAUGCAUUAUUUAUGCUUGUUUGUUAAGCUGCUUUAUUUAAUAAGACCCACUAUGUGUAAUGCUCUUUCUACACCCCCUUUACCUACUUUUAUCCAGUUGUUCAUGGAAUUGUUUGUGCAUAAUUGAAAUAAGUACAAUCCUAUAUGCCUAAUUUCUAAUCUUUGAACUUGCAUAGAAAUGCAGUUGACAAUGUCUGCCUUUACUUGGUGUUUGUAGGUUUGCAUUUAUUUAUUUAAAACCAUAUCUGAUAAGACUUUCAAGGGGAGUGAUUCUCAGUCUUCAUUUCUGAGUCUGUUUCACAAAUAAUUUACCCUACAGGUUUUGAAGUUAGUCAGAAGUGGUGCAGAAUGAAGACUGUUAAACUAGCAGAGUAAGAGAGUCCCAUGUAAGUUGUGUCAUCCUGCUACAAGUUUUGACCAGUAAUUUAUUUUAUCCUUGUCUUGUGUGGAGUGUAAGACAUGCUGUUAAGUCUGAAAAUUGGUAAUACCUGCCAAUAAAAAGGUGUGGGUUGGUGCCAUUUAAUACUUUUUCUUUAUUCUCAUCUUUAUUUAUGCAAGGUUUGUCUCUGGAUCUCCUUUUUACUACUUAUUUUAAUAUCGACAUUUAUAAUAUAUCUUGAGACCUGUAGUUGUGCAUUCAGAGUUAUUUUUCAGUCCAGUGGCAUAUGCUAAAAAUGGGAUAAAAAUCUGAACUGUCAAAAUUUUCUCAGCCAUUGCUACAGCGAAGGUGCACCUUUCUGUGCAUACUUAUUGCCAAAAGCUUAAUGACAUUUAUGUAGCCAGCUUUUCCAGAAAGGAUAAAAUAAAAAGUCUAAAGUUAUAUCCACCUGUCCCAAUAUAAAAAUCCAUUUAAAGCCAUGACAUAUGACAGCCACUCAUGAUGAAUAAUCUUAAAUGAAAACAUAAGAAUCAUGAAUUAAGAUCUAAGGAUGUAAUUGUGUUAAUUCCCUCACAAGAUUGCUACAUCCAAUACCCUUCAAAUUUGUUUAGCUGUGUUCUCUACUUUACCAGGAUUGUUUAUAUUUGUACAACCUAAGGUGCCAUUGCAGUACCUUUUUGUCUUCAGCUGAACAUUGCAUGUAAAAAUUGAGCACUCUACAUGCCUUGUAUGGCACCACAGAUACAAGGUUUUCUCAAGUACUUAAAAGAAAAAAAAAGCUCACAGCUUUCUUUGUCACCCAAAAACAUUUAUUUUUAGUAAAAGUGAAAAACGAUUCACAGAUGCUUGCAAUUUAUUUGGCCGUCUAUAUUCGUGAAGAUUGAGAUGUUUUUGAAUUUCUUUGUGGACUAAUUCUUAUUAGUCAAUUCUGAAACCUUUGAAAUGUUUCCAGCUUACAGACUGAUAUUUCUGAAUCUUUCUUUACUAGUAUAAGAAAUUGAGAAACUAACUUAUUUUGAGAAGAAGGUCUUAAGCAGAUAGAUUAUUUGAAAAAAGGAUGCAAAAACAUGAACCCAGUUUUGUCAAUUUUCCCAGUGCUAAGAAUUUUAUCAUAUUUCUUAGAAUUCAAAUUUUCAGUCUGUAUGUAACUUUCUUUGGAUAUAUUAGCCAUUCCUUUGAGAAAUAUCCAAUGUGAAACUGUGGCCAGUCAGAAAGCAGCUUUCCACUGACACUGUUGCAUAGAUUUCUUAUUUAGCUGUUUUCCAGAUGGACUAACCAUGCAUUAAUACAAAAUGGGGGAACAGUAAUCAAGUAAAAAUGGAAGCCUUGCUUGAUCGAGGGAUCAAAAUUAUUUCCUUGCAAGUAUGAAAAAAGGAAACUGGUUUAUUUGCCCUAUAGUCAUACAGUCAACAUACUUAGUGCACUGACUUUGGACCGUUGACUCUCAAGAGAAUGUGGUAGUCUCCGUAUGUUGCAUUUUCCACUACCUUCACUUCCAGAGUACGUCAGUGAUUGUGGCAAAAUAAAAAGGUGACAUUCUGUCAAGUAUUGUAAUUUAUGGCCUGUGAUUAAUGACAAGCAGUCAGCUGGAUUGCCAGAGUACAGCAAAGUGUAUGUAUGUAUAGUUCUCAUGAUCGUUGUAAGCUAUGGCUCUGAUUGAAUAGGGGUGAAAUGUAAUGUAUGUGACACGUUGCUGUUUCUAUAGAUUGGAGUGUCUGAAAGUAAUAAUAGCUUUCCUGUUCUGUGACAUAGACUAAUUAAGUUUGGGCAUGAUCUAAUACUCCAAAUGGGAACAACUAACUACUUAAUUUACUGUUACUUCAUUCUGAGAAUGGAAUACUGAAUGCAAUUUACCUCUCACUCAUGUGAAUUCUUUGCUCUAAAAUUUGAAACUUCCAAAAGAUAUGUAUAGUUCAUUAGGGAAAAAAAACUAUUGAGAAAGUUUCUAAGAAUACCAUAGAAAAUGAAUUCUGAAUAAGCUUCAGCUCCUAGAAAUGCUUGGGAAUGCAUGCAGAAUAAUACAUUAGGAAAUUUUCAUGGUGGUGGUGCAACAGUUCUCAUCUUUGCACUUUGGUUAUCCAUCAUGCAGUCUCAUCCAUACUAUUUUCAGAGUUUCUUAUAUCUUGCACAUUUUUAAAAAAUGAAAUGUUUCAUUGCUUCCUCAACCCUCGAUCUGUUCCAUAUUAGUACCACAUGAAUAGAUGAGAAAUGCUUUUUGGGAUAUUUUAUGAAGGGUAAUAAAUGUGGCUGAGUAAAUCUUAUAUUUUUGAACUUGAUAAUUUGUUUACUAUUUUCACAGGAAAUGUAAGAUGCAUAAAUUCAUAUUUGUGACUUGAUGCUUUGUAAUUUCAUUAGGAUGUUGAGCUGUAUUUUGUAACACCCUGUCUUAAAUUUUUCAUGUUUUAAAAUGAUAG